CAUAAAACAUAAAACAUUCGCGUAUCGCGAGAUCACCAAUUCUCGGGUGCUAGUCCUUCCUAUGCAAACAUGAUGCAGCUGGAAAUACUGGACACUACCAACUGCAUAUUGUGUUUAGAGUACAAAGAGCGCAUGCCAUGUGAUAGUGAAGGAUCAUUGAAGAAAAUCGUCAGCAUCUUGUGUCGGCAUUUUUGGUUCGAUCGACAGGACAGACCUGUGAAGCAGUUAGGACUAGUUUCCGACCUAAUAAAGGAUUCUGCGGAGGUAUAUCCCGUCGAUUGUGCAGUUUCGAGUGACCCUUUAUCAGCUGCCUACAGCAGCAGUGAACCGACUCGUAGAACCGAUAGAACGGUUUCAUACGAUCAUUAUGAUGGUUUGGCGAAUAUGUGUUGUCGCUUGAAAUGUGCCGAAUGUGGGAUGACCUGCCCGACCGUCCCAACACUUAGGACACAUUUUCGCACAGUUCACAAGAAGAAAAUAUUUAUGGAUUGCUGUGGCCGACAUUUCCGUCAGCAUAGUCGCUCGCAGAACUACGCACAGCACAACAUUGAUACGAAAACCAUAACCGACAUAGCUUGUAGGACAUUUUUCUCUCUUCCGUCCCGGAACGAUCACACGGCGAUUGAUGGUCCUGCACCUGCGCCGCAUAUCCACAAGCGCACUACUAGAAUUAGUAAGCGCUCAUUACUGAAUAGUCACGUUGCGCGGCGGAAAGUUUACAAGUGUGAGGACUGCGAUCGUAAUUUCACAACACAUGCUGAAUGGAACAGUCACCGCGAGCAGCAUAAACUAGAGCAACAACUUAAAAAGUCCCCUCAGUGCUCAGAGUGCUCGAAAAGUUUCGCUUCUGAAGCUUCCGUCAAGCGACACAUGGAAACCGUGCAUGGGCCCGAAAGGUAUAUUUGCGAUGUGUGCUCGAAAGCGUUCAAAUCCUUAGCACAGCUUCGGCAUCACCAGAAAAUUCAUCAUGAGCCCUCUCGUGGGGUGGAAUGUAAAAUUUGUCGUAAAUGGUUGAAGAAUUUGCCCAACCUCAGCAAGCACAUGCAGAGGCAUGGUAGUAGUGCAAAACAGAAUAUUUGUGACGUAUGCGGUAAGACCUCACCUAAUGCUUCGGCACUAAAAGCCCACAAAAAGUUUGUGCAUAUGAAAGAAAAGUCUUUUCUAUGUGCUAUUUGUGGAAAAGCUUUCAAGCGAGCGGUCACACUCAAGGAACAUUUAACUACACAUACCGGUGGUUUUCUCUACAGUUGCCCAUAUUGUUCGAAAAAGUUUAACUCGAAUGCCAACAUGCAUUCGCACAAGAAAAAGAUGCAUCCUUCGGAAUGGGAACACAGUCGCAAGCAGUACGAGAAUCGCUUCAAGGAAGUAAGUUGA